GAAAGUCUUGGAUCUUGUAUGCGCAGCAAGAAAUGCGCUUGGUUCAAUGGUGAAGUAAAACGCGACGUGCGACUGUGGUUUAGCGAGGUGUUGAUGGUGGAGCGAUAAUGGGUGAUGAUCAGUUUUUCUGGCUGGGGGCCGCUGGCUUUUUGCGCUUUCUCAGUGGUCGUGGAGCCUCGGGGGACGUGUCGGCUUGCUGGGACAAUCAGGGAAAAGGAUCUGCACAGGCCGCAGGUUCGACAAUGGACGGACAGAGCCCGGAAGACAGAUCUGUCACAGCGGAUGCGUGUCCUGCAAGGUCGAGGAGGUCGGAAGGGUUCGAAGGGGGGACGAAUGUGUUGAUAAUCCAGACACUGUACGUUCGAGGGUAAAGAUGGUCUGAUCAGGCUGUGAAAAAGAGCGGUACACCGAUGAUUUCAGAGACUGAGGAAUCUUUGAGGGCGCGAUCCUUUUGCUCGGGGCAGCACAUGGCGUUCUUAGCGGGCAGCUGGCGGCCGGCUGGCUGGACGGGCCUGUCGCCUGUGUCGCUAAAACGCAGGAGAGCUUGUCAAAAAGGGAUGGCGGAGACAGGGAGAUGCUAGGAUGGGGGAACCAUAGCGGCGACACCUGAGCAGGCGGCGGACGACCAGCUUCAACUUGAGGGCCGCCUGGGAAGCGAGGCCACACAGGGUUUGAGGCGUGAAUCACCACGAUUGCUGGGUUUGUCGGCUGAUGGGAGAGGUGGUGGGCGGGCACGGGAGAGGCUAAACAAGACCAGGGGAGGAUGGAGAGCAGAGUUGAGCUCAAGGCCGACAUGGGGCCCGGUCGGCUGGUCUCAGUUCCCUUGGGACAAAAACAGUCUGGACCGAGCGCUGCAGCAGAGUUUGCUUCCCCAAAAAGGGACCGCGAGAAAUUGGAUGCUGCUGAGGCAUGACUAUGCUGGAAGCAGCUUGGGCCACUUGUGAUGGGUUCAGAAAAAAAAGAGAAUCGGGUGGAGAGGAGGGUGCUAGUCACGCAAGCGCUGGGGUAUCACAACCCAUGAACCCAGCGACCGGGUGGCUUUUCCCGGCCCAAGUUGUCCACCUGGGACAUGUCAAAUCUAAUAGCGUGCCUUGGUACCCUAGCUCUUGCAUGACAUCCACUCAGAACACGAGCAGGACUGCGAGGAGGAGGGAUCUUGUAGGAGACAUGGAGAACCGAAAAGAGGAUGGGUGGGUGGGAUACGUUAAAGUUAGGUAGCGAUGGGGACCGGGGGAAUGUCGCUUCGCCAAUUUUGCAGGAUGGACACUGGCUUCGUAUCACGCUGGCAGUCGUUUGCCUCGUUAGCAGGAUGGGAAGAGGAGACGACAGGUUGUCAGAGAGAGCGGCCCGUAUACCAAUGAGGUACUAGUAGGUACAGGUAGUCAGUAGGUGAGUUGAGUUGGAUGAAGCGGACAGUGUGGACCAGGUGGAAGAACAGGUAAGAUAACGGGC